GACUAGCACGUGUUUUGUAAGCACAUGUCACCUGCUGGUGCACCACUUAAAGAAAUGUACGUAAUAAAGGUGGUGCAGACCUUCCACUGAAACAGAGCUCAUUUGAAGUAUUCCUAGCUGUUUUUUCGCUGGGCUGUGUUUGUUCAGUGCUAUCACUACAAGCUUCCUGGAUAUUUCACAAUGAAACCUGUUGGGACAAAUCACUAUCGUUAUCAAUGAGAAGAGCAAACACAUGUGGGUAUAAAUUACAGCAGCAGACUACCUGCAGAACGAGAAGCAAGGACCGAACCGUAUCAGGUGCCAAUCUCAUUCUUUCACCAUGAUGCUUAGAAUUGCUCCGUGUGGAUUCCUCUUCAUCUGCAUCCUGGCGCUUGGGACAGAACAUGUAGAUGCUGGAUCAAGCUUCCUGAGUCCUGCUGGUAGCAAACAGCUGGGGAAGCCUGUGAAAAAGCCGGCUGAACCCAAGAUGACACGUCGAGAUUCAGAAAGCAUGGUGGAGAUUUUGGAAGGGCAAUUUCAUGACAUUGGAGACAACAAAAUACAGUUCAGUGCGCCUUUUGAAAUCGGGAUCUCAAUGUCAGAAUCUCAGUAUCAGGAGUAUGGGCACCUGUUGCAAAAACUCACAGAGGACAUUCUAGCUGAUAAUACUGAAGAUCAGUAAUCUGAAAACUGGCAGUACUGGAAUGCUUAAUUGAACUAACUGGGGAUGCUUUCAAUACAAGAUGGUCCAUUAAUUACUGUAUAUGUGUGUUUCUGUAUCAGCAUUAACGUGUGAAAAUUUGCAAUUCAUUAUUUCUUUUUUGCUCCUUGCAAAAUGGCGUUAAAUGUGGCGUAAUGUUAAAUUUAUAAUAAACUUCCUGCAGACUAUUUUAUACUUUUUUUUAAUAGUUUAUAGUGUGCAUUUACUGUUUUAUAGCAAUUGUUAUUCCCCGAGCAUUCUUACAGAAAAAGGUGCUUCUUCCCUGAUUUGCAGGUAGAAUAAAUAGGGUGUACCGAAUGACAUCAUUCCCUCACCCACUUAUCAUUCCUGUUAUUUGGUUUCCAAUUCUUAUUUUUCAUUCCAUCCUUGAAACCUAUUUUUAAAAAUGUUGAGGUCUGCAGGAUCUCCGCACGGUUUUCUGGUGCUUCUAGUUAGUUCCCCACAAUGGAAUUUGCAUAAUUAACAUGAGACUAAGGGAUGAUGUACGUAUAGACGCAGUGCAAAUAAUUGCGGAUGCAAAAUUCAAAUUGCAUUGCGGCCAGGCAAUUAAUUUGUACUGCGCCCAAAUUACUCCGCACACACAAAUAAAGAUCUGCAAUUAUGAGAAUGAGGGUCUCAUUGCAGAGUUAGGAAUACAGAGAGCAGUAGUCGCUGUAUGACAUUUGUGGAGCACAAAAAUAUAAAGCAAAAAAAAAAAAAAAAAAAGUCAUUGGAAGGGCAGCAAAGUCCUCUUGGCACACAGAAAAUAAAAGUUUUCCAAGGAGCUGAGAGUCCUUACGGCUGAGGUCACUCAGCAUGAAAAGGAGUUGUUUGGAAAAGCCUCAGACAUCAUCAGUUAUGCUAGUAUCCUUAGGAAAUGAUAUGUAUUGGCCUGCCCUUUAUUAGCAUGACAUCCAGAAGUGUGCCUAGCACUCUGGAAAAGGUGGAUUGGGCUAUCCCUCCAGACAUUCCAACUGUGGUCUGAAAGGAACUAGAGGCCAAGGUCCCUGCAGUUGAGUGCUUUUAUAUAGCUCUUAAUUACUAGC